AUGAAGAGCCAGAGUGCUAUCUUCACUAUUGCAAUCAUGAAGCUGCUACUUGCACUCUGCACUGCAGCCACAUUUUGUUUCAUCUUUACUCCUGCAGGUGAAUGCAUGGACAUAGUUGGAGGGGAUGAAGUUAUUCCCCAUUCAAGACCUUUCAUGGCCCAUCUUAAUGUUGAAUGUGGUGGAGCAUUGAUUAAACCAGACUGGGUGCUGACUGCAGCACACUGCUUUACUGGUCGUCUCGCCCAGGUGACCCUGGGAGCUCAUUCACUUUCAAGUUAUGAAGAAGAAAAGCAGACAUUUCAAAUCAAGAAAAAAGUGAAACACCCCCGAUACAACAACAAAACUACGGAUAAUGACAUCAUGCUUUUACAGCUGGAAGGUGAAGCAAAGCUGAACAAAUUUGUAUCUGUCCUUCAACUUCCUACCUCUGGAGAGGAAGUCAAAGCUGGUACAGGUUGCAGUGUUGCAGGAUGGGGCUCCAUGAAGUUCAACGGACAGUAUGCCGACAAGCUCAGAGAAGUAAACAUCACUGUCAUAGACAGAGAACUUUGCAACAGCAAUGACUAUUAUAGGAAGAGAAUAACAAAAAACAUGAUGUGUGCUGGAGAUAAAAACGGUGGAAAAGAUGCAUGUCAGGGAGAUUCAGGUGGCCCAUUACUAUGCAAUGGUGUCUACAGAGGUAUUGUUUCCUUUGGUGCAGAAUGCGGACUUCCUAAAAAACCUGGGGUCUAUACUCGUCUCACAGAGGAAUAUCUUGUAUGGAUUAAAAAUGAAACAACAUUUUAAUUGAAGAUGUGUUUCCUGUAAAACAAGCCAGAACUGAUCUGCUUCAGUUAAAAGUUUGCUAGACUAACAUCACAUAGCCUAUAUGUUUUAUGCUUUUGUUUCAGUAUCAUCAUGU